AGUGCCAUGUAUGUCUUCAGGGGGUGUGUUGGCGGGACAAGGGGCAGAGAAGUGAGUGGUAGAACUCUGUGUGACCCUGGAAUAAGGACCAGUGUUGGGGAGAGGAGUGUAGUGCCAGUCAAGUAGAACAGGAAAGUGGCCAGGAGAAUUUGGGAUCACUAGGGACCAGAAAGAUGACCAGCAUAGUGACGGGUGGCUGAGUGGUGCCAGGACAGGCCCCGGGCUCCCCUUCCCUCCCUGUGUGUGGUCCUCUCCUCUCCCAGGAAGAAGCCUGGUUAUCAGCAACACAUUCUCAGCAUUGUCUCACCUCAGGGUGACCUCCCUGGUAUCCUCCUGAGGGAAGGUGAUUCAGUAUCCACAAACUGAAGGAAGAAGGCAGAGAGGAAUGGGGUAAACUGAGGAAUAAACAACUGAGAAAGUCCAGGGGCUAUGGAGGGGGGAACAAUGAUGGUCAAGGAGUGGUCCAGAGAAGCAACCAAAAUCGAAGCACAGUAACUAAACUUGUAAAGAGGAGAAAUGGAGGCACACAACUCUUCCAUUCUACCCACUCCUCCGUCUUUCUCCCUAGGCUAGUGUCCUCUGUCCAAGCCAUCAUGGCCUCUACAGCUGGCUACAUCGUCUCCACCUCCUGCAAACACAUCAUCGAUGACCAACACUGGCUUUCCUCUGCCUACACACAGUUUGCAGUGCCCUACUUCAUCUAUGACAUCUACGCCAUGUUCCUCUGCCACUGGCACAAGCACCAGGUCAAGGGCCACGGUGGGGACAACGGGCGGGCCAGCCCCCCGGGCAGCACCUGGGCGGUGGCACGUGCCUACCUGCAUAAAGAGUUCCUCAUGGUGCUCCACCAUGCCGUCAUGGUGCUGGUGUGCUUCCCGCUCUCAGUGGUGUGGCGUCAAGGCAAGGGGGAUUUCUUUCUAGGCUGCUUGUUGAUGGCAGAGGUCAGCACCCCCUUCGUCUGCCUUGGCAAGAUCCUCAUCCAGUACAAGCAGCAGCACACUCUGCUGCACAAAGUCAACGGGGCCCUGAUGCUGCUCAGCUUCCUGUGCUGCCGGGUGCUGCUCUUCCCCUACCUGUACUGGGCCUAUGGGCGGCACGCCGGCCUGCCCCUGCUCGCCGUGCCCCUCGCCCUCCCGGCCCACAUCAACCUGGGCGCUGCGCUGCUGCUUGCCCCCCAGCUCUACUGGUUCUUUCUCAUCUGCCGAGGGGCCUGCCGCCUCUUCCGCCCCCGGGGCUCCCCCCCACCCUCCCCCUGUCAGACCCAGGACUGA